AGAAUCAUGGGCUUAAAAUGAAACAAUCAAUCAGUGGAACUUCUCUUUGGGCAUCGUAAAAACGUAAUGUAGUCACCAGUAGCAACCUUAAAAAUGUCAAUAACAUUAUUUUUAUUUACCGCAUUUUUGUACAUUCCAGCCGUCGAACUGACAAAAUAUGAUUUACUCGUCAUUCCCGUUCCUAAAGGGAGGAUUAAAAAGGCUUUAGAAGGAAAUGCUUGGCAGAGGAACAGUAGAAAAGAUGACGACAUGAAACUUGACGUUGAACAUUACGAUGAACCCACCGAAAUGCCUGAUGUGGACAACUUUGAGUACAGUGUAGACCGUCAGAAUAAUAGAUUGUUCACUAGAGAAGGUGAAGAUGGUUACAGUUAUGGUCAAGGCGAUGACAAGAUCGUUGGCGGCGUAGAAGUAGAUAUAAAUUUGUACCCUUACCACGUUGCUUAUGGUACAAAUUGCGGUGGAGCUAUAAUUGAUAAGAAGUGGAUUCUUACUGCCGGUCAUUGUGGCAAGAAGCCAUACAUAAGGGUGGGUUCAAAGUAUUUGAACCAAGGAAAAAAAAUCAGCGUCAAAAAUAGUUUUGUUCACCCGAUGUGGUUUGGGAAGAGUAAAGAACAUCCGUUCGAUUAUGACUUUCAACUGUUAGAGCUUCCUGAACCUAUUAAAUUUGAUGACAACGUACAGCCAAUCAAGGUUGCACAUGUCGAAGAUAUGGUUAUUGGGAAGGUUAUUUCUGUCACUGGAUGGGGUAACACUGAAGAGAAUGGACCCUACUCAACUGUACUCCGAGCUGUAAGAGUUCCAAUAAUCUCAAAAGAACAUUGUCAAACUGUUCCUUUCCCUUACUUCAGAGGGAGUUUAACUUCUAGAAUGUUUUGCGCUGGAUUUCAAGAAGGCAUGAAAGAUGCAUGUCAGGGUGACUCCGGUGGACCAGCAGUAUCAAAUGACCGUUUACUGGGCAUGGUCUCAUUCGGUUAUGGCUGCGCUACACCAGGUUCUUACGGCGUCUACGCUAAAGUGGCAAAAGUCAGGGAAUGGAUCGAGAAGAUAACCGGUCUUAAACUAAACUAAAGAAACGUUCAUAGACUUUUAUACGGACAUUCUCAGAUAUUUGUAAAAAAUAACUAAGAACUAAGUACGUAAAAUACAAAAUAUUGUCCAUUUCAUUGUAAUCAAUUCCUGUUUUCAAAAAUAUUAAUGUCGUGUUAAUUAGGAGUCAAAAACUACCACAUGAAGUACACUAUUUCGAUUAUAAAUUUGUAAAAUGACUACAUUAUUCAAGUGCUGUUAAUAAAAUGAAGAAGUGAAAAAA